AUGGCGUCUCCGAGCGAUGCGGCUUCUAAGGAGGAUGAAUUCUUCGCUCAAAGGCGAACCGUGCUCGCAUUCCUCGAUUUCCUCCGCACAGGUACUACAACCCCACUCCCUCCCUCAGUUGACUCGGACGCCCUAGAGGUUGCCGCAGACUGCCUUUCCGAAGCUUUUGGGGUCAGCCCGCAAAACCCUGACGACCUGGAAAAAUAUUCAGUUCUGCCCGGAACACUGUUGCAGCUCAUUCAGGACAGCACGCCGGGUUCCGCUACUGGUCAUGGUUCUUCUGCCGGUGCUGCCCGGCCAGGCGGGCAGCUAGUGGAAAACUCUCAGGCUGCUGCCUCGCUGCCCGAACCUAUGGAUGAAGAAAACAAGCGUGACGCCGAGCCUCGAGAGGCAGACUUGGGAGACAGGGUUGGGGGAGGUUCGGUUGCUGCAGGAACAGAAAACGCUAGGAUAGGCAACGGAGACAGCGGAGGCAGAGAGGGGGGGAAGGAAGUAGAGAUGAAAGACGCAGUUGAGGGGGCUACUGAGCAAACGGGGGAACAAGCGAAAGAAAGAGCAUGGGAAACGGCUCGUGGGGAAGCUGGGGCAGGUGGGAGUGGGCCGAACCGGCAAGGGGAGGAGGGUCAGGUGGAGGCCCAGGGUGCUCUGGAUCUGGAGAAGAAGCUUCAGGAGUUUCUGCAGGGGCUGGAGAGUGCGGGGUACUAUGCAGGGACGGUGGUGGGGAGUGAGGAGUAUGUGACGAGGCAGCAGCAGGCACGAGGUAUCUUCCACCAGUGCGUGGCUCAGCAGGGAGGGGGGAGAGAGGGGGGGGACAAGGAGCAAGGGGACGGGGGCAGUGAACAAGGGAAGGAGGGAGGGGAGAAGGAGGGAGGGGAGAAGGAGGGAGGGGAGAAGGAGGGGAACGAGAAGGAGGAGGAGGGCGGCAGCAAGAGCAGCGAGGGCAGGAAGGAGCAAAGGGGCGACAAGGGGAAGGAGAAGGAGACGGAAAUGGGAGAUGCUUCAGCUGCAACUGCAAGUGGUGCUGCUGGUGGUGCUGCUAGUGGUGCUGGUGGUGCUGCUGCUAGUGGUGCUGGUGGUGGUGCUGCUAGUGGUGUUACUGCCAGCAAUGCGGCCAUGGCAGCCCAUAACUAUGACGAGGCAUUAUCUCUCUACUCCAAGGCAAUCGCUCUCUGUGGCAAUGCGGCCAUGGCAGCCCAUAACUACGAAGAGGCAUUGUCUCUCUACUCCAAAGCAAUCGCCCUCUGUGGUGGCACCAACGCCAUUUACUAUGCCAACAGGGCAGCAGCGCAGCACCAGCUGGGAAACUACAUGGAAGCUGCGGCGGACAGCAGGAGGGCGGUAGCAGUAGACCCGAGGUACAGCAAGGCGUACAGCCGGCUGGGGCAUGCGUGCAUGGCGCUGGGUCGGCACCACGAGGCGAUUGAAGAGGGCUUUAAGAAAGCACUGGAGCUAGAUCCUUCCAAUGCAGCUCACAAGGAGAACCUCAAGGCAGCCAAGAGGAAGCUUGACGAGCAGAGGUGUGGCGCGUGCUGCUCCCAUCAU